AUGACAUUUAAUGGCGACAGAGUCAAAAGUCUUCCUUUCUUUUAUUCUUCAUUUCUUUUACACUUACUUUCUUUCUUUCUUUCUUUUAUUCUUUUAUAUUUAUUUUGUUUUAUUUCUUUUCUUCUUUCUUUUCUUUCUAUCUUUUAUUCUUCCUUUCUUUUCUUCUUCCUUUCUUUCUUUGAUUCUUUUAUAUCUAUCUUGCUUUAUUUCUUACUUUUCUUCUUCCUUUCUUUUCUUCUUUUCUUCCUUUCUUUUCUUCUUUUCUUCCUUUCUUUUCUUCUUCCUUUCUUCCUUUCUUUUCUUCUUCCUCCCUUCCUUUCUUUUCUUCUUUUCUUCCUUUCUUUUCUUCUUCCUCCCUUCCUUUCUUUUCUUCUUCCUCCCUUCCUUUCUUUUCUUCCUUUCUUUUCUUCUUCCUCCCUUCCUUUCUUUUCUUCCUUUCUUUUCUUCUUCCUCCCUUCCUUUCUUUUAUUCUUCCUUUCUUUUGUUUCUUCCUUUAUUUUAUACUGCCUUUCUUUCUUACUUUUAAUCUGCCGUUAUUUUAUUCUUUCUUUUUAUUAUUCCUUUCUUUUCUUUCUUUUAUUCUUUUAUAUUUCCUUUGUUUUAUUUCUUUCUUUCAUUUUUUUCGUUAUUUUAUUCUUCCUUUCAAUUAUUUCUUUCUUUCUUUUUUUUUCCUUUCUUUCAUUGUUUCUUUUAUUUUAUUCUUCCUUUCUUCCCUUUCUUUCUUUUAUUCUUUUGCAUUUCCUUUAUUUUAUUUCUUUCUUUCGCUUAUUAAUUUCUUUUAAUUCUUCCUUUUAUUACUUAUUUUUUAUUUCUUCCUUUCUUUUCUUCUUCCUUUUUUCCUUCCUUUCUUUGAUUCUUCUUUUUUUCUUCUUCUUUUCUUUUACUCUUCCUUUCUUUUAUUCUUCCUUUCUUCCUUUCUUUUAUUCUUCCUUUCGUUUAUUCUUCCAUUCUUUCUUUCUUUCUUUUAUUCUUUUUUAUUUCUUUUUCUUUAUUCCUUACUUUUCUUCUUCCUUUUCUUCUUUCUUUUGUUUUCCUUUCUCUUUUUUCUAUCCUUCCCUUUAUUCUUCAGCCUCUUUCUCUUACCAUUUCUUCUUUCUCUUUCUUUCUUUCUUUCUUUCUUUCUUUCUUUCUUUUUUCUCCUUCCUAUCAUUUUUCUUUUCCCCACUUUCUUUUUUAUCACUGAAAGUUGUUUUUCGCCAUUUCUCCUUAUUGCCUAUUUCUUUGAGUUUUUUCUUCUUCUUCGCUUCUUUUUCUUUCGCUAAUUCUACUUUUUCUCAUUUUCGAUUCAUUCUUUCUUUGUUUCUUUUGUUUCUUUCAUUCUUUCUUUCUUUCAUUCUUUCUUUCUUUCAUUCUUUCAUUCUUUCUUUCUUUCAUUCUUUCUUUCUUUUAUUUUUUUCAUUCAUUCUUUCUUUCUUUCUUUCUUUCAUUCUUUCUUUCUUUCAUUCUUUCUGUAUUUCAUUCUUUCUUUCUUUCUUUCUUUCAUUCUUUCUGUAUUUCAUUCUUUCUGUAUUUCAUUCUUUCUUUCUUCAUUCUUUCUGUUUCAUUCUUUCUGUUCUUUCAUUCUAUCUUUCAUUCUUUCAUUCUAUUUCUUUCUUUCAUUCUUUCUUUUCUUUCUUUUCAUUCUAUCUUUCUUUCUUUUCAUUUUUUUCUUUCUUUCUUUCUUUCUUUCAUUUCUUUUGUUUUUCUUUCUUUCUUUCUUUCUUUCUUUCAUUCUUUCAUUCUUUCAUUAUUUCUUUCUUUCUUUCUUUCAUUCUUUUCUUUCAUUCUUUCUUUCUUUCAUUCUUUUUUCUUUCAUUCUUUUUUCAUUUUCUUUCUUUCUUUCUUUCAUUCUUUCUUUCUUUCAUUCUUUCUUUCAUUCUUUCUGUCUUUCUUUCUUUCAUUCUUUCUUUCUUUCUUUCAUUCUUUCUUUCUUUCUUUUAUUUUUUUCAUUCUUUCUUUCUUUCUUUCUUUCAUUCUUUCUGUAUUCCAUUCUUUCUGUAUUUCAUUCUUUCUGUAUUUCAUUCUUUCUUUCAUUCUUUCAUUCUAUCUGUCUUUCUUUCAUUCUUUCUUUCAUUCUUUCUUUCUUUCUUUCUUUCAUUUUUCUUUCUUUCUUUCUUUCUUUCUUUCUUUCUUUCUGUAUUCCUUUCUUUCUUUCAUUCUUUCUUUCUUUCUUUCAUUCAUUCUGUAUUUCAUUCUUUCUUUCUUUCAUUCUUUCUUUCUUUCAUUCUUUCUUUCUUUCAUUCUUUCUUCACUGUAAGCCGAUUUGUAGUUUUUUCUUCAAUUCUUAAUGAUUUCGCCUUCUUUUUUUCAUGUCUUUAUUUAUUUCUCCAUAUUUUAUUCUUCCCAAGAUUAUUCAUUUUUUUUAUUCAUUUUCCUUAUUUUUUUUUUCUUCUUUCCUUUGCUUUCAUCCUUUCAUCAUCUUUUCUCUUUCGUUUUCAUUUUAUUUUCUCUUUUCGUCUCUCUCUUGAGAUUUAUCUUUCUCAUUCCUAUCUAUCUAUCUAUCUAUCUAUCUAUCUAUCUAUCUAUCUAUCUAUCUAUCUAUGUCGAUAUCUAUCAAUACGCAGAGUUGUAUUUAUCUAUCUAUUUAUCUAUCUAUCUAUCUAUCUAUCUAUCUAUCUAUAUAUGUUUUUGGCAAUUAUCUAUCUAUCUAUCUAUCUAUCUAUCUAUCUAUCUAUCUAUCAUUUAUGCUGUCUUUCUGUUCAGUUGAACUCCGGUAAUCUUGUAAUGGUUGGUGGAUCUAUCUAUCUAUCUAUCUAUCUAUCUAUCUAUCUAUCUAUCUAUUUGUAUCAUUAUAUUCAUAUCUAUCUAUCUAUCUAUCUGUAUCAUUAUAUUCAUAUCUAUCUAUCUAUCUAUCUAUCUAUCUAUCUAUCUAUCUAUCUAUCUAUCUAUCUAUCUAUCACUUAUGCUGUCUCUCUUUUAAGUUGA